AUGUCGUGGCUCAGCGCGCUGACCGGGAUGCAGCCGCGCCGCGUGAGCGACCGCUACGCGCUGCCCAAGCCCACGUGGCGCCAAAAGGUGCAGCACUACGCGCCGAUCUUCCGCUGGCUGCCCAACUACAGCGUGCAGCGCGACCUCAAGUUCGACAUCGUGGCCGGCGUCACCGUCGCCAUGAUGCUGAUCCCGCAGGAGGUGUCGCUCUCCACCAUCAUGCACGUGCCGGCCCACCACGGGCUCUACACGGCCGCCACGGCGCCGCUCAUCUACGCCAUCUUCGGCUCCAGCACGGUGCUGUCCGUGGCCAGCGGCUCCGAGGUGUCGCUGCUGGUCGGCAGCACGCUCGAGGACAUCGAGGACCAGGACGAGCGCGUGGCCACGGGCAUCCUCAUGGCCUUCCUCAGCGGCUGCAUCCUGCUGCUGGUGCGCAUCCUCAACCUGAGCCAGAUCGCCGACUUCUUCUCGCGCCCCGUCAUGGGCGGCUUCAUCUCGGCCGGCGGCCUGCUCAUCAUGCUCUCGCAGGUCUCCAACGCGCUGGGCAUCAAGUUCAAGUCGCAGGACUACCCGCCCGCCACGGUCUACCAGAUCUUCAACCACAUUGGCGACACCAACCUGAACGCCUUCGCGGUGGCUGCCGUGUCCAUUGUGUACUUGUUCUCAGUCAAGAUCAUCAAGAAGCGCUUCUUCCCGUCGCCCGUGCUCAUGCAGCUGUUCGAGAGCGACACCCCCGUCACCAAGGAGCAGGGCAAGCCUGAGGAGGAGGAGCGGUUCCACCAGCCCCAGAAGAACUCGGGCCACGGCUUCUCGCUCACGGACCAGCAGUACAACGCCUACCACGCGCAGACCACGCCGCAGGAGGAGCGCGAGUCCCUGACGGACGCUGGCAAGAACGGACUGACCUUGGAGCAGCCCAAGUCCCAGGGCGCGUUGGUGACCAUCUUCCUCAUGCGCACGCUGUGUGAUCUGGGUCCCCUGGUCGUCUGCAUCUUCGGAGGCAUCGUCGGCUACGCGCUGGGCCCGUCGCACCUGAAGCUGACGGGAGACAUCCCUGGCGGCUUCCCGGAGCCCAAGGUGCCCUGGUACGGCUUCACCUCGCACCUGAUCGACGGCGACCGCUUCGGCACGAUCCUGUACCACGCGCUCACGGUGUCGGUGGUCGUCUUCCUGUCGAGUAUCGCCAUGGCCAAGCGUCUGGCCAUCCAGCGCGGCGAGGACAUCAACACAGAGCAGGAGCUGACGGGCAUCGGCAUUGCCAGCGUCGUGUGCGGCUUCUUCCAGGCCAUGCCCCCCACGGGCGGUAUGUCUCGCACGGCCGUCAACCUGCAGAACGCGCACACUCAGUUGGCGUCGAUCAUCACCUGUCUGAUCGUGGUGCUGGCGCUGUACACGCUCACGGGCACGCUCUACUACCUGCCGAGCGCCACGCUGGCGUCGAUCAUCAUCGUGGCGGGCUGGUCCCUGGUCGAGUUCCGCGAGGCCAAGUGGCUGUUCCGCGUCAAGCGCGACGAGUUCUUCGUGUGGUCGGCGUCCUUCGUGCUCACGCUGGGGCUGGGCGUGCUCAACGGCCUCAUCGCCUCCAUUAUCUGCUCCAUCCUGGCGCUCAUGUGGAAGUCCAAGGUGCAGCCCGUGGCCAUCCUCGGCGAGCUGGACAACGGCCGCUUCGUCGACCGCGAGAACUUCCCCGAGGCCAACCACCUGGGCGACAUCAUCGCCAUCCGCGUCGAGAGCUCGCUCUACUUCGCCAACUGCGAGCGCGUGGCCCAGUUCGUCGAGCGCGAGAUGGUGCGCCUGCAGACGCUGGGCAUCACCACGCGCGGCGUCGUGCUGGACACGUUCCACAUGAACGACAUGGAUGCCACCACCAUCCAGGUGCUGUCCGACACGCAGGAGAAGCUGGCGGUGCGCAAGGUGCGCUUCGCCAUCGCCAACGCCAAGAGCCGACUGUACGACAUGUUGGCGGCCACGAACCUGCUCAAGCGCAUCCUGGCCAACGACCCCACCAUUUCCGUGGAGGAGGCGGUGACCAUGAUGCGCGACCUGCCGCCUCUGGCGGACAAGUCCUCAGCGGCUGCGUCUGGCACGUCCACGGCCAGCAACCCGGUGUAA